AUGCCGCAGACGCCAUCGACCCGUUGGUGCCCGACGCCUGAGCAGCUGAUGAUCCUGGAGGAGAUGUACCGGAGCGGCGUGCGCACACCUAACGCGGCGGAGAUCCAGCAGAUCACGGCGCACCUCGCCUACUACGGCCGCAUCGAGGGAAAGAACGUCUUCUACUGGUUCCAGAACCACAAGGCCCGCGAGCGCCAGCGUCUCCGUCGCCGCCUCUGCGCCCGCCACCAGCAACCCUCCUCGCCGGCGGCUCCUCCUCCUCCUCCUCCUCAUACUGGUGCUGCCGGCGGCGGAGGCAAUGCUGCUGGUGCUGGUGCGGGCGUGAACGCGAUUCACCCCGCGGUGAUGCAGCUGCACCAUCACCACCACACAUACGCAACCAGCUGCUUCAUGGCGCCUCAGGGCUACUUGCAGCAGGAAACAGCAGCAGGAGGAGCUCUUCCAGUUUCGGGGUUGGAGUUUGCAGGCAAGACAAGCCAGCAGCAGGAAUGGAUGACACAGCAGCAGAUGGUGAUGGAGAACAGCAACAUUAACAACAGUGUAGCAGCAGCUGGAGGCAGCUCCGCAGCGGCCGGCGGUGGUAUGAAUAAUAUGACCCCGCCGCCAUGGCCAUGCUGCCGGCCGCUCAGAACCCUAGAGCUCUUCCCUACAAAGAGCACCGGUGGCGGCCUCAGGGACGAGUGCAGCAGCUCCAAGUCCUCCUCUUGCUCCACCUCCACAAACUAG